AGUUGGAAUAACCAGAGAGGAGACUAAAUAAGACAAUCCCGAGGUUUGUAUUAUAUAUAGAUAUACACUGAAUAUAUCACUCCUUAAAACAAAAAAAUUAUUCCCCACCACAGACGGAUCCGUCUUGUCCGUUCCGAAGGUGUCUACUGUACUCCAGGAAGAACCCCUACUCAAUUUCAGCGUCCUAACUUUAAACCAUUUCCUUCCGCCACAAUAUAUCGGUACUCUCUCUCUCUGGCCUUUUCACAGAUAGAUCUGCUGUCAUCAGGCGGCCGGGUUCGAACUUUGUUAAUCUCUAUGCCUCUAAUAUUGAAGGAAUGGAGCAAUAUACGAAAACAUUACUUUCAAAGGGUUUAUUGCAGAGUGAAGAUUUGUACCAGUAUAUCUUGGAGACGAGUGUGUACCCACGUGAACCAGAACCUCUCAAGGAGCUAAGGCAUGCCACUGCUGGCCACCCUCGUGCUAGGAUGGCUACUUCACCAGAUGCAGGUCAGUUGAUGGCCAUGCUGUUAAAGCUAGUAAAUGCCAAGAAGGCUAUUGAAGUUGGCGUUUACACAGGAUACUCUCUUCUCCUGACUGCUCUUACAAUUCCAGAGGAUUGCAAGAUCACAGCCAUAGAUGUAAAUCGGGAGACAUUUGAAAUUGGAUUGCCAAUUAUAAAGAAAGCUGGUGUUGCAGAUAAAAUUGAUUUCAUCGAGUCCGAGGCUUUACCAGCUCUUGAUCAACUAUUACAAAAUACCGAGAAUGAAGGGAGUUUCGACUUUGCUUUUGUUGAUGCGGACAAGGGUAAUUAUUGGAACUACCAUGAGAGAAUGAUGAAACUACUGAAAGUGGGUGGGGUGGUUGUAUACGAUAACACACUUUGGUCAGGAACAGUUAUACUGUCUGAUGAGUUGGUUCCAGAGAACUUGAAACAGUGGAAGGAGCCGAUAAUUGAGUUUAACAAAUUAGUGGCAGCUGAUCCUCGUGUCCAAUUGUCACAUGCUUCCGUAGGUGAUGGCAUGGCAAUCUGCACUCGUCUCUACUGAACUUUUUAUCCACCUCUCUGCAUUUUUACUUGUAAGCAUUAGCUUCUCAUGAAGAAGUGUUGUGUGGUUAAGAAACCAGAAUAAGCAGAGGUUUUAAUGAAACAGAUGGGUUCACCCAUUUGUGUUUGGCUUUUAUAAUGUCAAUGCCAGUUUUAUUUGGGGUCUAAAUUAGUAAAUUACGUGAAUUUUCGACAGCA